AUGCCGCCUGCGUCGCGCGUUCCUGCGCUCUUGCAACCAUACGUCCGCUUGCCCAACAGCGACUCGAUACUCCUCGUCACAAGUACCCUUGGAGCCAGCACGAAUUGGCUACUUAUCCGCUUCCUGUGCGAUGCGCUGAACCCCGUCCGACACGAUGCCGGCCAGAAAUCGGACAACAGCAACAACGAUGUCAAAGUGAUCUUUGCAUCCUGGAUGAGGGACUGGGAGUUCUGGAAGGCCGAGGCAAGGAAAGGCGGAGGGCUCGACCUUGAGAGACUGAAGAGGGAUAAACGAUUCGCUUUCGUGGAUGGUACGCCAGGGCAUUUCACGCUCACUUCCCCAGACCUCACGCAAUUGCAAGAGACCGUCAAAUCCGCCCUCGAGUACCUAAACCCCAGCACUUCGCCCACCCCACCAACAACCCUCCUCAUCCUCGACGACCCAUCCCUCCUCCUAGCCACCGUCCCCAGCCUCACGCCCUCCUCCCUAACCUCCACGAUCCUAAAACUGCAAGCCCUCCUCUCGCCCUCCAUAUCAACCCCACCGACAUCGUCACCAAGCCAAAACGCCCACGCACACGCACACAUCAUCCUCUCCCUCCCCGCCGACGACGCCCUGCUCGCCCCCUCGGCCCCAACCCCCCAACCACUCGAGAUCUCCGCGCACAACAUCCUCGUCAAGGCCGCGCACAUGAGCGCCCGCAUCCUUAGCUGCCGCGUGCUGGACACGGGCGUCGCGAGGGACGUGAGCGGCGUGCUGAGGGUUACGGAUAAUGGGGGAGGGCGGCGGGCGGGAGGCGAGGGGCUGUUGGACUUUGAUGACGGGGGAGGAGACGGUGCGGAGGGGAGGACUGGGAGGGAGUUUUUGUAUAAGGUGGGCGGUGAUGGCGGGGUGAGGGUUUUCGAGAGGGGGAAUGGGGGGGAGUAG